AUGAGAGAUCUUCUGCAAGACAACGACCAAUGGAAAAUCAGUUUUCGACAUCAAUAUAGCGUUUAUACACAUUUAUGGUGUCUUCAAUUACGUCAGGGCAAGACCACCGAGGCCUUUUUUACAGCUGAGCGGGGACGAGCACAAGCUCUCAAGGAUCUGAUGAAAUCAAGAUACAGCGUCGAAUUAACUCAGUUAUCGUCGGAGGAGCAGAUGGAAAGAAUAUCCUGCAUUUCAACCCAUAUUUCAUCUCCUACGAUAUUCAUCGCGGAGGUCCCACAAAAAUCUGUGAAUUUCUGGUUGCUAUUAGAAGGUCAGCAGUGGCAGUUUGUGCGAAAGAAAACCAAUCAGUCCCUGGUUUGUUUAAAUAAGAAAGCAUAUCAACAAAUGAAAGUUGAUAAACUUGUCAGGUGCGAAGAUCGUUCCUUGGAUGGAAUAGAAGAUGAAGAGAUCGAGGAGUCAUCCGACUGGAGCACAAAUGAGCAAGAAUCAACUUCACCACAAGAGGGUGAUGAUGCAUUGAAAAAGUUGUAUGAUAUCAUUAUUGCUCCGUCUUUACACUUGAUAAAUGGUAAUGAACUUGUUAUUGUCCCUGAUGGAGCAUCAUUCUUGAUUCCUUACGCUGCCCUUGUGGACCAGAAUGGCAGGUAUUUGUCUGAAACGCUGAGAAUUCGAUUGGCUCCAUCUGUGACCAGCUUAAUGCUGCUGGCAGAGUGUCCAGAGGACCGCCAUGGCACAUCUGGUGUACUGCUUGUUGGUGAUCCAUGGGUGGAAACUGUUCGCUUAAGCCGCAAAAGGUUUGGACAGCUCCCUUGGGCCGAGAAAGAGGUGAAAAUGCUUGAAAAAAUGCUAAACGUUCAGCCUCUAACUGGAAAGAACGCUACCAAAGAACGAGUAUUAAGCAGACUCGAGUCAGUUUCCUUAGUGCACAUUGCAGCUCAUGGUCGUUCAGAAACCGGUGAAAUUCUUUUGUCUCCUAAUCAUGGUAGUCCCGAAAAACCCAAAGAGCAGGACUUUCUCUUGACAAUGGAAGAUGUGCUGAAGGCAAAGCUGCGUGCUAAGCUUGUUGUCUUAAGCUGCUGUCACACUGGGAAAGGGAAGAUCUGUGCUGAAGGAGUGGUGGGUAUUGCACGUGCUUUUCUGGGGGCCGGUGCCCGUUCUGUUAUUGCGUCAUUGUGGGCAAUCGAAGAC